UAUUAAUGCGUAGUAUUGUUUUCUCACCAACAAAGCAAACGUUUUCUGGAAGCUCACCCAACCUAUUGUUUGGACGGGAAAUCCACUUGCUUUUCCACUUCUCCUUGUAUAGAGAUACAUUGGUAUCUGAUGCUCCGCGCCCUUACUUUUCAUGGCCGGCAGUAAUCACCCUCCCCGUACGGUAAUCCCCGCCACCACCUCUCUUCAUGCUAGCACUCUAAACCAUCACCAUUUCUCUGCCUUUCUCUGCCAGCAAGUUCCGCCGAUCUCAUCCCACUCUGUGAUAAAGCAGAAAAAGAAAUCCAAUCACCUGUCAAUCCAACAAACCCUUUUCAAUUCCGCCCCCCUGGUUAACUCGUCACUCUUACGACACUCUGAACCGCACACCAUUGAUUACGCUGAUUUGCUCAAGCUUUCCGUUCGUAAGGGUGAUGUUGAUAUAACUACAAUUGUGCAUGCCGCGGUCGUUAAACUUGAAGAGGACACCCAAAUGUCCAAUGCUCUGAUAUUCGCUUAUCUGAAAUUGGGUCUUGUCAAUCAUGCUCACCACGUGUUUGAUUCUAUUAUCCACCCGGAUAUAAAAUCAUACUCAGCCUUGAUAUCGGGUUUAGCAAAAUUUAAUCGUGAAAGGGAAGCUAUGGAACUCUUCUUUGAGAUGAGGAGCUCAGGCAUUGAACCCAAUGAGUAUAGUUUUGUUGCACUGUUGACUGCUUGCAUUCGUUCACAUAAAUUGGAAUUGGGUCUUCAAGUUCACGCUUUAGUGAUGAAAAUGGGCUAUUUGGGUUGCAUUCAUGUUUUCAAUGCUCUUAUGGGACUGUACAGUAAGUGUGGCAGUUUAGAUUUCGUCAUUGAAUUGUUUGAUAAUAGUUUGUCCAAACGUGACACUGUUUCGUGGAACACUGUGAUCUCGAGUAUGGUUAAGGAGUCUAUGUUUGACAGAACAUUUGAAAUGUUCAGUGAUAUGCAAAAAAACGACUCUUUAAGAGUUGACUGUAUCACACUCUCAACUCUUCUGACUGCAUGCUUUGAGUGUUCCGCGGUGAGCAAAGGUCAAGAACUCCAUGCCCAUGCCCUUAGAAUCGGGUAUGAAGGCAACAUGAGUGUGAAUAAUGCACUUAUCAAGUUUUACACAAGGUGUGGAAACAUUAAUAAUGUUAUGGAUUUGUUUGAGAUGAUGCCUGUGAAAGAUGUCUUUACUUGGAACGAAAUGAUCACGGCAUAUAUGAGAUCAGGUCUUGUUGAUUCGGCUGAGAAACUCUUCAAUCAAUUGCCCGAGAAGAACGUGGUUUUAUAUAACGCCCUUUUAGCUGGAUUUUGUCAAAACGGUGAAGGCUUGAAAGCAGUGGAUUUGUUUUGUAGAAUGAUAGAAAAAACUCUAGAGUUGUCAAGUUUUACCUUAGCCAGCCUUGCAAAUGCAUGUGGGCUGAUAAUGGAAAGAGAUUUAAGUGAACAGAUCCAUGGUUUUAUUCUAAAAUCUGGCCUUGGGUCAAACAAUCUUCAUGUCCAGUCAGCAUUGCUUAACAUGUGUAUCCGUUGUGAGAGAAUGGAAGAUGCUGAGAAGAUAUUUUGCACAAUGCCAAAGGAGCACGACAAAUUCGAUCUCACAUCAAUGAUUUGUGGAUAUGCUCAGAACAGGAAACCAGAAGAAGCUAUUUCACUUUUUUGUGAAAUGAUGUUAUCACUAGUUAUUGAUGAGGUCGCGUCUGCUACUGUUCUUGGUGUUUGUGGAACUCUAGGGUUGCACAACUUGGGUAAGAAUCUCCAUUGUUAUUCCAUGAAAAGUGGGUUUAUGGGUGAUGUAACUGUUGGGAAUGCCAUAAUCAGCAUGUAUGCUAAAUGUGGAGAAUUAGGGGAUGCAGUCAAGGGAUUUCAGCUGAUGUCGACUCGUAAUUUAGUCUCGUGGAAUAGCUUGUUAGCUGGGUAUGCCCUUCACAGGCAGGGAGAUGAAGCCUUGGACACAUGGGCACAAAUGGAAACACUAGGAAUAGCUCCAGACUCCUUUACCUGUCUCCUUGUUCUUCGUGCUUAUAGAUACACUACAAAAAAUUUAGUUAAUACCUGCCAAAGCUUCUUCUUCUCAAUCGAAUCUGCCUAUGGUGUGAUCCCGGGAUCAGAUCAUUAUGCAUGUUUGGUAAGCGUAUUAGGUCACUGGGGUGCUCUAGUCGAAGCAGAGGAAAUUAUCAAAAGGAUGCCCUUUGAGCCAGAUGCUUCUGUUUGGCGUGCUUUGCUUGAUAGUUGCAGAAUACAUUCGAAUCUAACAAUUGGAAGAAGGGUCAUGAAGAAGUUAUUUUGUAUUGAGCCACACGAUCCGUCUACGUUCAUACUGAAAUCAAAUCUAUAUUCAGCUUCUGGAAGAUGGAAAUGCUCGGAAACUGUGAGGGAAGAAAUGAAGGGGAAGGGGUUCCAGAAGAUUCCGGGCCGGAGCUGGAUCAACCAUGACAAUAGGCUUAACUUCUUUUUAGCCAGGGACAAAUCACACUCACAGUCUAAAGACAUAUACAGUGGACUGGAGAUAUUGUUGUUGGAAUGUAUGAAAGCCGGAUAUGUUCCUGAUACCAGCUAUGUUCUCCAUGAAGUGGAAGAGUAUCAGAAGAAAAACUUCUUAUUGUAUCACAGUUCCAAGCUGGCUGUCACUUAUGGCCUUCUAAUGUCAAAACCUGGUACACCUGUCCCUGUCAUGAAGAACAUCCUUCUCUGUGGGGACUGUCAUACAUUUUUCAAGUUUGCUUCCAUUGUCACUAAGAGAGAGAUUCGUGUAAGAGACAGUUCGGGUUUUCACCUCUUCCUGAACGGUAACUGCUCUUGUGAUGAUCGCUGGUAAAGUAAUUCAUUCAUGAAUGUCAUAAUUCUGGAUUUACGAAUGGGUUUAAUGGUUUGUUUUGUACAUAGAAUUCCAAUAUAUUAAUUACAAUACCAACAUGUACGAAGUAUUUCGUCCUCUUCAAACUUACCUUUGACUCCACCAUUUUCAAAGAAUCAAAGAAAUCUGAUCAACUUUCCUUUCGAA